CAGCCCCCACUGCUGGGCAGCCCAGGCCUGUGCAGAGGACAGGGCUUGGCUUCCCUCCCACAUAUGAUGGGAAGCUGGGGGGAGCAGGGGAGUGGGGAGUGAUGUGAUCUGAUUUAUGGUGGUUUGGAAGCAUUGCUCUGGCUGCGGCAAGCUGUGUGGAUUGGAGGGGCUUGGGAGGAAGGAGGGGGAGAGGCAGGAAGAGGCGACUGCAGUGGUCCAGGCGGGAGAUGAGGUACCUUGCUGAAUGCUCAGAGCUCUCUGUGCACCCAGCUGGCAUCUGUCUACUCCACCUCCCAGAAAAAGCUUUCCUGACCCCACCCACCCAGCCUCUCCCCACCCCUCUGCCCCAGCCCAUCACCCUGUGGGUUUGUCUGCUGGGCUGUGAACAGCUGGAAUCCCCAGCGUCGCCCCACCCAGGACCCGGCCUGCAGGAGGUUUCCAGGAAAGCAAGGCAGAUGGGUCCAAAAGCCCCGCCUUCUAGGGCUGCACACACAGCCACAGGCGUGCUCUUCGCAUGUGUCCCCACAGACAGGCACAGACACUCAUUUGCAUCUGGGGCAAGGGCUUGGAGGGCAGGGUGGAGAUCUGGGGACAGGAGGCGGUCUAGAGCUUGCGAAUGGUGGGAAAGCCUCCUCCCGCAGGGUGUGUGGGCCACGGUGUUCACAGGAUAAUAACAACCUUAGCAAGACCUUGAGGUCUCCCCUGUCCUGAGCGCUGGCCAGGGGGAAGAGAGGGGAGCAGGGCCCAGCCCCGACAACUCCCUGAGGAGGUUCCUGGGCAGAGGCUCUGCCCCAGGAUCCCGUGGGGGAGCCGGCUCCAUCCUCUUCCUGACCUCCUGGAACUUUGGCUGUGGCAGAAGGAAAGAGCAGGACAGGACGGAAGCAAGCUCUGGAAAGUGGGAAGAGGAGGGUGUGUGCGGAGACCCAAGGCAGGCGGGAUCCAAGCUUUGGAACGUUGGAGGUUUCCGGCCACAGAGGCAGGGCCUCGGGGGAGCCAGGAGAGGCGGGGAGAGACACACACAGAGGAGCGGAGACCAACGGACCACGGACGAGACAGGAGCUGGGAGUUGGGAGGAGAGGGACCAGAGAGAAGCUGGGAGAGGCACGGACCAGGGGGCUGGUGGUCUGCACACACUCCAGUCCCCAGAAACAUCCCUCUCCUCAGAGACAUCCUUCUGCAGCCUUUGGUGCUCCGAGCCCAGCCUGAUGCAGGCAGCCUGGCUCCUCGGGGCUCUGGUGGUACCCCAGCUCCUGGGCUUCAGUCAUGGAGUUUGGGGAGCCCAGAGGGAGCGGGAGGGGGGAUGCGCUAGCCCCCAGGAGGAGGAGCGGGAGAGGGAGGCCCUGAUGCUGAAGCAUUUACGGGAAGCCCUGGGACUGCCUGCUAGGAGGGGGGACGAAAAUCCUGAGGGAAACCCUGGAGGCAAAGGGGCCUGGGCGACUGAGAAGGACGGUCAGGGGGAGGAAGGCGAGGAGGAACCAACCACAACUCCCUACUUCAGCCCCAGCCCCUCUCCCACCUCUGAAGACACCUUCACUUAUAUCCUGGGUCGCCUGGCCGGCCUGGACGCAGGCCUGCACCAGGUGCACGUCCGUCUGCACGCGUUGGACACCCGCGUGGCCGAGCUGAGCCGGGGUCUGCGGCAGCUGCGGGAGGUGGCGGGUGACACCCGCGACGCCUUGCAAGCCCUGAAGGAGGCGCAGAGCCGCUCCGAACGCGAGCAUGGCCGCUUGGAGGGCUGCCUGAAGGGGGUGCGCCUAGGCCACAAGUGCUUCCUGCUCUCGCGCGACUUCGAGGCUCAGGCAGCGGCGCAGGCGCGGUGCGUGGCGCGGGGCGGAAGCCUGGCGCAGCCGGCGGAUCGUCAGCAGAUGGAAGUGCUUACUCGCUAUCUGCGCACGGCGCUUGCCCCCUACAACUGGCCCGUGUGGCUGGGUGUGCACGACCGCCGCGCCGAGGGCCUCUACCUCUUCGAGAACGGCCAGCGCGUGUCCUUCUUCGCCUGGCACCGCUCCCCCAGCCCCGAGCCCGGCGCCCGGCCCAGCGCCACGCCGCACCCGCUCAGCCCCAACCAGCCUAACGGCGGCGCGCUCGAGAACUGCGUGGCGCAGGCCUCGGACUACGGCUCCUGGUGGGACCACGACUGCGAGCGGCGCCUCUACUAUGUUUGCGAGUUCCCCUUUUAAGCGGGCCCGGCCCCCCGCCUCUCCACUCCAUCCCACCGUCCGCCCUUUGUGGCCGAUCCCUGGGGGGGCUCCUGCGGGGCCGGGACCCCUUCCUUGCCUGUCUUUCCUGGAAGCGGUGGGCACCAGGCUAGGUCCGGCGCCAAUAAAGCCUUGUGGAAUCUGACUUGA